AUGCCUGCAGAACCCGAAAAAUCAUAUGGACCUGUAUUUUAUGAAAUGGUUGCGAACGCCUGCAAUACAAACAAUGAUAUGAUAGGAUUUAAUGAAGAUGUUAUGAGGUCAUUAGUGGAUGAUGGUAGUGUGGAACAUAAAUGGGAUAGCUAUGACAACACACAUUUCUUAUGUGGUUUUCCAACAGAAGUGGACUUUUGCUUCCAGCAAGGUCAAACAUCUACUGCUCCAAUAACAUACAAAUUGUCUGUUAAAGGACCUAUUGAACUAGCAACUGAAAAUGUACCAAAGCCACUUAUUGGAUUUAUGAGGGAUUGCUUUGCCAUUCAGGUAAGACAGUCAGGCAUCCCCAUAAUAAGAUUAGAUGACUAUAACUUAGCCACGGACGACAAUGAGGAAUAA